AAUCGAAAACACACGGACGUUUGUUGUUUCUCCCUAUCAGCGAGCAACAAACGAAGGGCGUCGUCUACCCACGUCUCCUUCUUUUGAUUUCGUUUGUCUAGCCUAGGCCCGGCUUAGCUGGGACUCUAUGAUCCAACUUGUGUACAGUAAUUUCGUGUAAGGCCAUCACAGAAUAUGAAGCGAAUAGGAUAUUGGAUGAGUGAGAAAAAACGGAAGAAGAUCGAUUUGAAUCAAGUAGCAGAGCUUUGUAGGUUAGAAGGUGUCGAUGCUGAAGCAAAAUUGAUUUCUUUGGAACAUGAUUUAGAGGAACAAGGACCCUUUGAUGUGAUCCUGCACAAGGCAACAGACAUAUUAGUUCUAGCAGAAGAUGGCGAUGAAGAUGCAGCUGCCGCUAUGCGUAAUUGGGAGGCUUACACAUCCCGUCACCCCUCAGUACUUGUGCUUGACCCGCUUGAUAGCGUCGUACAGCUCAUUGACCGGCCUAGCACAUACAGCAUUCUUCAGCAGACCCUUGGCUGCUUACAGGAUGUUGAAACGCCAACUUUUGUUGAAUUAACUAAAGAUGAUUUGGAUACGAAUCUUACGCUGUUACGGGAUGCUGGUGUUAGGUUUCCUUUUGAUCAAAUGUCUAUAAUAUUCAAUGAAUCUGGUCUAAAAGACGUAAAUCCACCUUGUGUUGCUCAAACAUUCAUCAAUCACAAUGCAGUUCUACACAAAAUAUUUAUCCUGGGUGAUAAACACUUCAUUGUACAGCGACCCUCUCUAAAAAACUUUUCUGAUAAAGACUCAACCUUAGAAACAAUCUUUUUUAAUAGCCAUGAUGUGUCAAAACCAGACUCUGCGUCUUUUCUUAACAAGCUUGAUGCUAGUGAUCGUAAUUCUUCUGGUAUAGCACCUUGUGAGAAGACAAUAAACAAACUGGUAGAGAAGAUAUGUAGUCAAUUAAAUAGCACCCUCAUCGGCAUCGAUAUCAUCAUUGAAAACGAGACAGGUGUUCAUUAUAUCAUUGAUGUUAAUGCAUUCCCAAGUUAUGAAGGUGUCCCAAAUAUUCUGCAGCUGUUAGCUAGUUACAUUGUAGAGCAAUUGUCUAGCUCCCCAAAAGGCGAACGACCGCAACAUACGCAAGAAAAUGGCUUCAGUAAGAAGUUAAUUACCAAUGCAAAGGGCAUUAUUAAAAAUGGUCUAUCUAUAGACUCUAAGAAGAACGGUUUAACAACGGAAACCAGGAACCAAGAAUUAGCAAACAGUCUUUCUAUUGAUUCCAUGAACCAAACCAAUGCUAGGAACCAUAGUUUGGUAAACAGUCAUAUGACCACAGAUACCAGGAACCAAGGUCUGGUAAAUGGAGUUUAUUUAUGAGUUGGAACCACACACCAUUCUUGGUAACAAUUUGUAUAAUAGAUUAAUGGUACAGCUAGAUUAUUAUUUAGCAUUUUAUUUGUUUGAUAAAAUUUUGCUAAUUUUUUAUGGUAAUGCAUUUAGCUUGGUAGUAAUCUAUCCCUCUUCCCUGCUAGUAUAUAAAUAACCUCACCAUAUACUUGAAACUCCACCAGAUAUCCGCUAUAAUGGGAGAAUUUUUUUUAAAGGUAGUAAAAUAUUUAUGAAUAUAUUUACCAAAAAAUUACCAAAUCUUGGUUUAUUCAUGCUACAAAAUUGGAACUGUAAAAUUUUCCAUUUGCAAGUGUGUAGGGUUGUAGAAGAUUGAGAAAGCAUUAAUUGCAAAAGUUGUGAAUUCUGCAAUUGAUCAAAACAUAACCCAAAGCUUUUGUCAUAUAUCUGUUUUUGCUAAAGGCAAUUUUUUUAAAAAUAAAAGCUAGCUGUCAGUAGAUAAUGUUUUUACAACAUUUUCAGGGUUGUAGCGCAAGCAUUUUCUAAACAUUUUUUUUUUCAUCCCACAAUAUUGUUGUAACUAUGGAGAUCUUAUUCAAUAUGUUUUACCUUGAAACUGUUUAAAAAAAAAAUCACAUUAGUAAAUUCUUAGUCCCAUAAAAAUAUUUUCACCGUCAUAUGAACAUUCCUAUUACCAUGUAUCUCCAUUAUCAUAAAACUAUCAUCACCAUGGCAAUAUUUUUACAUCACCAUAGAAACAUUCUUAUCACCAUAGAGAUAUAUUGUUAUAUAGAAACAUUACUGUAUAAUGGAAAGAUAGAUAUCAUUUGUUGUUAUAUCUGUACAUCACCCUACUGACCAAAAACCCAUAUGUAGGUGAAAGUUCCUUCAUCUUAAAUCCGAGGCAUGUUUUAAUAUUGGUGAUGUCAUCUUGACUUUAUAAUGGUGCUUUCUUUCUCCACCUUAACAAUGUGUAUCUGUAAAUAUAAUGUUUGUAUUAUGUUGCUGUUUAUAAUGUUAUCAUUUGUCUUUCUAUCAGGGUUACUUGGAUACAAGUUUGCUAAUUCUAAAAAUAAACACAAAUAUAAUCUUUACAACAAAAAAACCUAUCAUUUUGUCCAAUUUAGUUGAGAUAAUUUUAAUAAUUUCUAAUACCUGAUUCACACAAGACAAAAUGUUAUAUGGUAUGUAUGGUAUGCACAAUCUGCAACAUCGUAGAGGCCUGUAAAACUCAGCAUUCAGCAUAGCAUAAAUCUGUUUGCAUAUUUCGGUUUUGAAUAACUAGGUGUUUCGCUUGGCGGUAUAACCAGUCUUCAAAGCGUAAAUUCAUCCUUCCUGUCCUGCCUCUUCUCUAAACUGCACGGCAGUAAAAAGGUACAAAUCAGAAUAUUGCAAUAUUUUGCUUUGAAAUUUUGUGUUAAUAGUGAGUUGUCUUAUUUUAUGAUUUGUUGUCAGGUAGAAUCUGUACAUUUAUAAAGUGUAGUUUAUCAUCCAGUCUAUCUUUACUGUCCAACUUUCAGCAAUGUUACUGUUGUGUGGAGACAACAAGUUUGUCUUAUGUGAAGCAGGUAUAAGUUUCUGUUUCAAGAAGAAUACACCAUAUAAUAUUGGUGCAUUAUUUACAUGUUUGUGAAAUGUAGAAUCUGUGGCCAGUGGCGUAUGUAGAAGUCUUGAAAUGGGGGUGCUGAUAGAGGGCGCGAUGGUGAAGUAGGGGGCUUGAUGAUCAGUUGAGGGGCACUAAUUCGCAAAAUAAGGUUAGUUUUAACUACUUGACCAUUAUAUUUGGUGGGACAACUGGGGAGCGCGAGUAAUUUUUGGAGGGACGUGUCCACACCUAGAUCCGUCUCUGGCGGUAGCGCACCAGUUGUGGCUUGGAAUCUCAACCUUGAGGUGAGGUGUUCAAAAUUCUCGCUGUGCAAGUUGCUUGUGUCCAUGAGCAAGGCACUUUAUGUAGGUAUAUCUCUCUCUACUCAGAAGUAUAAAUGGGUACCUGGUAGGAUAUUGUGGCAUUGAAUGUACUAGUUUUGUGCGCUGAGUACAAGUGCAAGACUAGGUAUACUCCCCAGGAAGCAGAGAAGGUUGCAUUUUGUGCUGGUUUGCCAUAGCAUGUUUUCCAGUGACUAGGGGUAAAAACACUCAGCGCCUUUGAUCAUUUAAUUUAGAAUGUGCUCUAUAUAAAUGUUUGGCAUUAUUAUUAAAUAAGACGUUUCUCCAUUGCUACCUAUCUGCCACCAUGAUCAAGGUUACGUUUAAUAUUUUUUACAAAUUUUCCAUACUACUACAGUGCAUGCUUCAAUUCUCUCUUUAGUAUUUGGGGGGGGGGGAAUUUACCUGUUUAUAUUUUAACAUGAUUUUCAAGAGCCCAAGAUAUAGGAUUUAGACAGCUGAUUAAAAUGUUUAAAGUAAAUUAUUGUACAGUAGUGAAAAUACAGUAGAUGAGAGGUGAGGUGGGGAUUUCAUUCUAAUAUUUAUCAAUUUAUUAAGGGUUUAAGAUCAAUUCUCAUCUGUUUUAUAAUGUAGUGCAUAUGCUUUUACUUGCUUGACUUUCAAAAGCAGAUUAUAAAAAUAAUAUUUCCUCACAUUAGAUAUCAUUAGGGUAACCUUAUAUUUGAUUUUUUAAUUUUUUUAAAUGAAAUUUGUUUUAAGUAACUUCUUUGAUACAGAUGAAAUAGCCUAAUGUUUUAAAAUUGGUAUUGCCUUUGACUAUUUUUUUACACUAUUUAUUUAUUAUUCAUCUAUUGUAUUAGGCAUGUACUUUUAAGAAACAAUGAAUUUUAGACCUAGACUAAUUGCAAUUACCCCCUUAAACCCUCCAUCUUGAUGCUAUCACCUAAAUUUCUAUGUCUUUGUGUUCCAUAUAAUUUUCUCAUUGGGUGAUCAAGGAUCACAGGUGGUGUUGACUCAUUAUGUGUGGAGGCAAUAUAUUUCAGAUAUGGUACCUUAACAUUAUGACU